AUGAAUUGGGCAUGGCUAAGAUUUGACUUCAAAGAGCUCCUACUCAAAUAUCUUCUCCAUCGAAGCAUCUCCAUACAAAUUGCAAUAAAACCUGUUCAUGCUCCUGAAAAUUCCUUCUCAGCAACCUUCUUACUUGCUUCAGUGCUUUUGCCAUGCAUUAGCCUAGUCUCUUCAGCAAAUAACAAAACAGACAAGCUCGCGUUACUUGCAUUCAAGGCUGCUAUAACUGAGGACCCUCUCGGGGCCCUAAAUUCAUGGAACCAUACGACCGACCACUGUUGGUGGUACGGUGUCACGUGUGGUCGCCUGCACAGCAGAGUCACGGGACUAGAUCUACGAGACCUGAAGCUUUCGGGAUCCAUCUCCCCUCACAUUGGAAACUUGAGCUUCUUGAGAGUCCUGAUGCUCAGCAACAAUAGUUUCCAUCACGAAAUCCCGCAACAAGUCGCCCAUUUGCACCGUUUACGUGUCUUGGGAUUAUCCAACAACACAUUGGAAGGCGAAAUCCCGAGAAACUUGUCAUGUUGCGCUCGCCUUACAUGGCUCCGCCUAGGAGGCAACCGGCUGGUCGGAGAAAUUCCCUUUGAGCUCGGUUCUUUGCUGGAGCUUCAGAUUCUCGCUUUACCUGUCAACUAUCUAACGGGAACUGUUCCUUCAUCCAUUGGAAACAUGUCAUCGUUAGAGAUUCCCAGUCUCAAUGGAAAUGAGGUAGGUGGGAAGAUACCCCGAGUUCUAGGAAAGCUAACCAAACUUAAAAUAAUUGGUUUAGGACUAAAUAGGUUGUCUGGCACGAUUCCUCCAUCUAUCUUCAAUCUUUCUUCUCUAACGGUGUUCGACAUCGGUGGAAACCACAUAGGAGGGAAUCUUCCUGCCAAUAUAGGCUUCGCUCUUCCAAACAUCGAGAUUUUCACCAUUUCCUCUAACCAAUUUUCUGGAGCGAUUCCUCGGUCAAUGUCUAAUGCAACCGCUUUAGUGUUGCUACAAGUCAGUUUGAACAAACUCUCGGGGAACAUGCCUCCUUUGGACCGCUUAAACAAGCUCCAAAUAUUGCGCAUCAAUUAUAAUUAUCUGGGAAGCGGAGGAUACGGUGAUUCGAGCUUCUUGUGCUCAUUGACUAACUCCACCAGUCUAUUCUUCUUGGAUAUACAAAGCAACAAUUUUGGCGGGACGUUGCCCGAGUGCAUCAGUAAUUUCUCCGUUACUCUCUCAGAAUUGUGGCUAACCAAGAAUCAACUGUUUGGCACAAUUCCUCGAGAACUCGGAAAUCUCGUCAACUUGGAAAGGUUGUGUUUGGACCAAAACAAAUUUUCAGGUAUUGUCCCCUUGGUUUUGGGAAAUCUUCAUAACCUAGUGGAACUGGAUUUAUCGCAUAACAAGUUUUCUGGAGCAAUCCCUUCUUCAUUAGGAAACCUAGUAAAGCUAGCACGACUCCAUCUCGAACACAAUAACUUUCACGGCCGCAUUCCAUCAUGUCUAUCGGAGUGCCGAAGUUUGGUGUAGCU